AUGAAGAUGUUGAAGUUGUCCUGCAAUGCUAUCGCUCUCUUUGUUCAAAUUCUACUUCUUAUUCAAUGGCAGCUCUCCAUGGCUGUAUUGGCUAAUCAUGUGCCUCCGAAACCUGCAACCCAUAAGCCUAAAAGAGCACCAAGGACGUUGCCUCCAGAAGCCUCCUUGUCCUCCGGUUAUUAUGCUGCAACAUGUCCAAAUCUUGAAGCCAUCAUUCAGGAAAAAGUUCAAGCUUGGGUUAAUACAGACCAGACUUUGGCUGCUAGCCUCAUUCGUUUGCACUUCCACGACUGUGCUGUCAGGGGCUGUGAUGGUUCGAUUUUGCUGAACUAUAGAGGCAGCGAGAGGAGAGCCAAGGCGAGCAGGACUCUAAGAGGUUAUGCAGUGAUCAAUGAUAUCAAGUCAGAAGUUGAGAGACAGUGCCACAAAACUGUCUCAUGUGCAGACAUUCUCACAGCAGUAGCCAGAGAUGCCACCCUCAUAGCUGGAGGUCCAUUCUGGGAAGUCCCAUUUGGACGAAAAGAUGGAAGAAUCUCCAUAGCCAGAGAAGCCAAUCGUGUUGUUCCUCAAGGCAAUGAAAACGUCACCACUCUGAUCAAUCUCUUUGAUAGACUCGGCUUAAACAUUCUUGACCUGGUUGUGCUCUCAGGCGCUCACACCAUUGGCAGAAGUUCUUGCUCAUCAAUCCACUCCAGGCUGUAUAGCUUCAAUGGAACUCAAGGAGCAUCUGAUCCUUCACUUGACAGAAAAUACUUAAGAACCCUGAAAGAAGAAUGUGGACCUUCGAGCUAUUUUAACACAGUAGUUGAUCUUGAUGCCACAACUCCGAGGAUUUUUGACAUUGCAUACUAUGAGAAUUUGCAGAAGAAGAUGGGAUUGCUGUUGACUGAUCAAUCUUUAUAUUCAGAUGAAAGAAGUGCAAGUUUUGUUGAUUUAAUGGUUUCUCAGCCAUCACUUUUCUUCGGUCAAUUUGCAGCAUCCAUGGUGAAACUCGGAAAUGUGGGGGUCUUGACUCAACCCAAUGAAGGUGAAAUUCGACACCAGUGUGAUUAUGUCAAUCCUUAGUUAAACCAUUUGAAAUGAUUUACCUGGCCUUUCCUU